CCCUCCCUCCCUCGCUAUGACUGAGUGACUGACUUGCUGCUGCACUGGCUGCCUCUAGGUAAUGGCGAGGGCCAGGUGAAUUGCUAGCUGUAUAUGUGAGGAGUUUCCUGUGAGUAAUGCGGAGGACAGAAUGGGGAUCGGGAGGGCAGGGCUGAGUUGGGAGGGCCAUUAGGACACACUACUACAACCCACGUCACGGUGUGAGGAGGAAGUAAAUUCAGGGAGUGUACAACACUGUCAGUCAGUCGGAGGAAAACUGUGUUUGUUCCCCUAGGAAAGAGGACAUGCUCUAGAUGGUCUGUUCCUCCUCUAAUCAAUAGGUAAGCGCGUUCUGCGGUGUCGCUACUGUGACAAUUCAACCCAAUUCAACGAGCGCUUGGUCAGUGUUUAUUUGUAUCACGGACGCAACUAGUGACCGCUCUUUGUUCUCACGAUUCUUGUUUGUGUGUGUGAGCUUGAUUGGACGACAAACAAAGGCCAGCUCAAUUUUUAUCAACAACAGCCAGAACUGGCAUGGUGUGUUUUUGAGUAUUCGUCUACCUGCCCCGAGGCAGACAACAAUCACAGCCAGGACAGAGCCAGUGAGGGACAAUCACAUUAGACCUGUCUCCAACUCUCACUGCUCACACAGAGAGCGAUCCACGUCUAAAACAGUAUGUCCUGUGACACACACAGCUCUCACAAUCAAGUGUCAACCUUGGGAAAUAAUCUACCUCUUGAGAGGUAUACUAUCUGCACUUGAAGUUGCCGGCCAGGUAUACGGCGUGUGUGAGAGUCGACUCGUUUCGGCCUGUGUAGUGAAGAGUGACUGAGUAUAACCUACCACUGAGAGACGAACACGUGGUUGAGGCCACAUGUGCAGCCAGUGAGUAGUCUGUAUACGCUACAAUAGUAGCUGUAGCAAUCCAGUCACAACACAUGUAGCAGCCUUCUCACUACAGUGAGCUGAUCAACUGAAUUCAGAGCUCUGAGGAGAAUGGCAAAGUUGGACCACAAACAAAGGUAGCUAAUGUCAUCAACCAGCUUUCACUAAUCUAAUGAGAGAAGGCUUGAUUGAUUCUGGAUGUGGUGUUUUCAUUGGUAGAUCAUGCUUCCUUUGUGUUGACUGUCCUUUGUGUGUGGUGUCUAUUGUUACAUACAAGCCCUGACAUGGCUGAGAGAGCAACACCAGAAAGGCAUGCAGCUCACAGCUAGCCUACAUACAUUUCUGCAAUUUGCAUGAACUGGACACUGGGUAGUGGACAACUCUUUGUGAAAUUAACAUUGACCUGUGGUAUAAGGACCUACCUCACCUUCACCGGCCAGUUGACAGUAUCUACUCGGUGAUACAUGUAUCACUAGUUGGGCUGGGAUCUGCCUUCACAGACAACUAACCCCUGCACUUCAAGCUUGGGACGCUCGAGUGACUGUGUUCACUACCUGUCAGAGGUAAGACUCAGCUGUGUUGUGUGGAGAUAGUGACAGUGGACCAGUGUAAGUGAAGACUUAGAUCAGUGGAGAGUGGCUUAUCCAGGACUCGGUAACACUAGCUGACCUUUCUGUGACUGUGAUCAGCCUCAGCUAACAUGAUGCAUGUGCUAUGACAGCUUCAUCAUUACAUCACCUCUCCCUUUAGUGUACGUUUGACCACAUCUCAUUUGGUUACCUGGAAAGGUAAUGAAGCAUUGAGGUCAGGAAGAGUAUGCUGGCACAGCCUAUACAGCCUACAUCAAGCGGAGGACACUCGACUCUCAGCCUGCAAGCAGAAGGAGGAGUUGCAUGCCACUGUGUUAGCCUCUCUUUAUACACUGUGUCUACUAUCAACACUUGGGUUACAGUUGACAUCAGUCAACUGCUUAAGGAUUUGUGAACAUCCCUGGACUGGAACACCUGCCGCCAUGGGGAAACUCACGGAAGGGAAGUCUCCCAUCAAGAGGGAAACUGUUAGUGCCAGUGCCAACCUUGAAGUGGUGAGUGAAGAAAAAUUUGCUAAAAGACUUGAAGGUUUAAGUUCAUCAUGUAUCAAUUGUCAGAAAGAGCGCACUAAGGGUCAGCGUCGUCACCCCCAGAAGGGGAAACGUAAACAGGUGAAGACUAACACCCCUAUCGUCAUCCACCUGAAAGACACACUCAAGGCAGCUCUACAGCAGAGGCAGAGGAGUCUGGAGGAGGACUCUGAGGCCUCGGUAAGAUCAGGGGACAGCGACCUGCCCCACGACCAGGAUGAUAUUGUUACCUGUGUACCUAAAUACUCAUUGAGGGAAUUGCAUAGAGAUAGACCUCACAACUACAAGAAACAUCAUCACCACAACAAAUCAAAGAAGAAGGAUAACAAAAAUCUAAAUGCUCUCAUUUCUGUCAUUGAAAAAGCUCAUCACAAAGACUCUAGGAAUUUAGAAUGCAAUUUCGCCAAAGACAAUCCUUUGCUUAAUUCAAAACUUUCUGAUAUGCUCAACAAUGCAACUCGCUCAAAUGAGAUGGAUGGUGCUAAACGUCGCAGUAUUGUUGAAUGUGAGAAUGUGGAACUUAUAUGUAAUGACUUGUAUAACACUGAGAAACACUUGGAGAGUCUUGAAGACACAGAGAGUGAUAAAUCCUCAGUGGCUUCAAGUUCUGAGAACUAUUCUGUGUCGGACUCAGAUAGUAUUCAGGUAGAUGACACUGUUCCCUUUGAGUUCACUCCUGAGGAGUUAGAGAAACUAGCCAACUACACCACCGGAUUUCCCUUGAUUCGAUACGACUGCCCUCCGUCCGAAUGUCCGGAGUGUCUGUCAGCCUGGUACAGUUAUCAGUAUUACACUAUUCAAGAUUACAGCAUUUUGCCUGAGAAGAAAUCCAGUAGUGUUCCAGAAAGAGGUCCACGUGAGGGGGGCGCGGAGGCCGAGGUUGUGACCGUGGAUGUGGAGGCAGCAGGGGCCACAGCUGCAGUAGACUCGGACAAAACACUCACUGAAAUCGACUGUGACUUAGGUACUGACGAAGAAAUAGAAAUUGAAGCGGAACAUGUGACCACAUCUCAAUAUCAAAAAGCACAUCGUCAACUUUGGGACAUAGACAUUUCAUCACAACGAAGACACAAGCCUGACCACUCCUUCCCGGACAGUGUGUACAUUGACUUGACAGGCACUGAUGUGUCCCUCUCGGUCUAUUAUCAUCACAAUCAGUCUUCUCAAGAUGCAAACUAUGCAAAUAGCCACAGUAGCAGCAGUAACGGCACCACGUGGUACCCACCGCCACAACACAUGCCUGGCUACUACUGGUCGUCGUCCUGCUACCAGAUGCCCCUGUACAGUCAUCAUCACCUAUCAUCACCGUACUUACAUUCCAACAACUCACUUCCCAAAACUGCCAUGGUGCCACCAAGAGAACUUAAAAAGUUUCAUGCCAGUGCUCCCCCUCCACGACAAUGGAUACCCAUUGGCCACCCUGACAAGAACAAGCCUGCAGCUAUCUUCACUGUGAUGUGUUAUAAUGUGUUGUGUGACAAGUACUGCACCCGCCAGCAGUACGGCUACUGCCCGUCCUGGGCCCUCAACUGGGAGUACCGAAAGAAGGGGAUCAUGGAAGAGAUCCGUGGCUGUAACGCAGACAUCAUCAGCUUACAGGAGGUUGAGACUGACCAGUUCUACAGCAUGUUCCUCCCGGAGCUGAAACAAGAUGGGUAUGACGGUAUUUUCUCACCCAAAUCUCGAGCAAGAACAAUGACAGAACAAGAGAGGAAACAUGUGGAUGGCUGUGCCAUCUUCUUCAGAACAUCAAAAUUUUCUCUGGUGAAGGAGCAGCUGAUUGAGUUCAACCAGCUGGCGAUGGCCAAUGCAGAGGGCCAUGACGACAUGCUCAACAGAGUGAUGACCAAGGACAAUAUUGGUUUGGCGGCACUUUUGGAAACCAAGAAAGAUGUCUUUGAUCAUAGUGGUCCCUACCCACCAGAGCACCAGGUGAAGCAGCCGAUCUUGGUGGCCACAGCCCACAUCCACUGGGACCCCGAGUUCAGCGACGUCAAGCUCAUCCAGACCAUGAUGCUUAUGUCGGAGCUCCGUCAGGUUAUCGAGGAGGCCCAACAUCAAUUCCGCCCGGGUUCAUCGUCCUCAUCCAUCGACUGCAACAACAUCCCUCUUAUUCUCUGUGGUGAUCUCAACUCACUACCAGACUCAGGUGUUGUGGAGUACUUGACCUCCGGGAAGGUGGCAGCUAACCACGAAGACUUCAAGGAAAUAGGUUACGAUUCCUGCCUUCAGAAAAUCAACACAACCAUUGAGAAAGAGUCCUUCAGUCACAACUUCCGACUCUCUCGUGCCUACAUGGAUGUCAUGCCCUACACAAAUUACACGUAUGACUUCAAAGGCAUCAUCGACUACAUCUUCUAUUCAAAAGAUCACAUGAACAUGCUUGGCAUGCUAGGGCCACUCGAUGAAGAAUGGUUUCGUCAGAACAAAGUUAUUGGAUGUCCUCAUCCUCACAUCCCAUCAGAUCACUUUUCACUGUUCGUGGAGUACGAGAUGCCAGUUGGCACUACACAAAACGGUCGCAGCAACAACACAAACAGCAACAACGCAAACAACAGCAGUAGCAGCAGCAGUGCGCCCUCUACUGGAAAGCAGAGAUAGGGGACAUACCUGCAGGCGUCUCAUCAAGUCAUUGUAUAGAUCUAGAACAUAUCAAUUCUCGUCAAUUCUUGUCACAUGUACAGAGAAAUUCAUCACAAAGUUACAGGGGAUGUGCUCAUUUGUACAUAGACAUACCUCCCUCAUCUCCGAUGUCAUUGUGUAUUUAGGGUGGGAUCUGGGGCUUCAACGUUGUAUUCCAAAAGCACUGCCGCAAAGACAGACAACAUCAGCGACAGACACUGUGUGCGUCUGUUGGUUGAAAAUUAAGCAGCAUUUUGCUCUAGAUAAUUUAUUUUUCAGCGUUCUAAAGGUGCUGAUUAACCAUUUAAGUUUAGAAGCAAGUGAGCAAUUUCUCUGUGCAUCCUGAGCCAGCCUUGUUUUGUGAGUAGGACUAGACUGUAGGAUGUAUCCCAGUGCUGGAAUGCUGUGCUAGUUGAUGAGGAUGAUACUAAGGAGGUUGGUGCACGCUGAACUUAACGAGUGGUUUGGGACCAAGAAAGAGUCUGAGUCGGCCAGCAGACGAGACGUAGCUACGGCAAGAGAACCCAUCGCCAUAACAUACUGAGAUCAUUUCAUAGCUUAUCGGUCAAAAUAGCACCCAUGUUUAUUUUCAUUAUUCACAAUUAUUUACAUGGUCUUGCCAUUUUUCAUUUCCUCUGCAUAUCAAUAAUCGAGACAUGCCUGACAGAAACUCAUUUGAUUUACACGCAUCAAAAUCCAAUUCGGAGAAAUUAUUACUUAAUAUCAGGGACAAAUCACCAAAUAUAUAAUAUAUAUAUAUAUAUAUGCAUUCUUUGGGUGGAAGUAUAGGUACUUAACAUUACCAAAGAUUGAUCUCAACCAUCAUAACAUGUAUAUAAAACAUCAUGCUUUUUAGUCAGUCCAUUUAGAGUGCAAUGUUCACGUUUUUUAUCAGUAUUUUAAUUCCCAAUAAGGACCAAGCAUGUAAACCCUGCCUGAAUCCACAUGCUUGGUCUCUGGUUGUUUUAGCUCCAUUUGUGACUCGCUAUCCUCCUGGGUUCUCUUUGCUGUGAGCUCGUUCUGCUUCGUACACGAGGGACUACAAUCUCCAAUACUCCAACUUAAGGCCGUGAAGCCCAACAUGAAACUCUUCUGUCUUUGAUAGACACUGUGGGACGUUUAGAUCUUGCAUUUUUAUCUAUGUUUUGGAAAUGGCUCACCAACAAAUUGCUGGUGAUUUCCCAUAAAUGUACAGUAGCGUGAGUAGAGAGAUGUUGGUUGUGCCGGUUGAUGGAAGGGAGAUAACUCCCGUGGACCUGUGGACCAAACCUUUGUGGAGGAAAGGAAAUGAGCAAGAUGGUGGUCUGCAGAGCUGGUUUAAGGAAUGCAAUAAAUGGAAGAAAAUAAGUCAGGAACUGAUUGUUCGACUCAUGAGUCGAUUGACUAACCUCUACUGUAGCUUCUUUGCUUGACAUGAUAUUGGUCAGGAUUUUAGAAAUGUGUUGUGACUGUGGUGUGUAUAUUGCCUAUGAAAUAAAGAAAAUUAUACCAUUUGUACAUUGAAUACCAACCAGAGUUGACAGCUGUAAAAACAUGUAAAAUUUUAAACAAUUCUUGUUUUUAAUCCUGUAAUAUUUAUAUUUCGUAAGAUAUUCAAAAAAGAGUAUAUAUUUUAGUAACGUGUUCUUACUCCCAUGUUCAGGGUGAAUAAGUAGUGGUUGAAGAAUCUUCAUAUUGAAGCACAGGGACAAAACAACAAAAACAUGGUUGCCAGUAGGCUCUGGUCACAAUGUGAUUGAUUGCCAGCAGUGUACAGAUAUAAGGAUGUGUCUCCUGUGUUCACAAUUUGUAUAGAGUCUGAGUCUAAUGGGUGCCGUAGCUUCUAGUGGUUAUCUUGUGUGCAUUCUUAGCUCUUGUUUGCUUCUGACUACUGUUCUUGUAGCUACGUGACAGAUCUGGUUUGGGUUUCCUGGACAGGUCACUCCACAGUUAGCUGGCUGCCAUACUUGCUGCUGGUCGAAUAUGCCGUCAAGACUAAAUUGGUUAACAUUCGAUGUAUUUCAAACAAAUCGUGAAUAGUCAGUCAAUGAUUUUCUUGAAGAUAUACUACUCAAAAAGGUAUGGGACCACCUGAUUCUUUCAUAUUACUAUAGUUUAUUCGUGCCAUGACAGAUUAACUUUAGUAAUAUGAAUGAAUCAGGUGGUCCUUAACUUUAUUUGAGUAGUGUAUUAACAUUGCAUACAUUUUAGACAUUCAUUUCUACAAGCCAUGAUAGAUAUUAUGAAGUAAAGAUGAUUCGAUCACUGCCAAUUUGUACUCGAGUUGAAUGAGUGGUGUUGUGUUUGCUGUUAGAGAAUGAAUGUGAAUGGUAGUUUGGUUAUUUGACGGCACAUUCAGACUGGUAUUCUUGACUAAUGAAAUGUUAAACUGACUACUUGUGUUAUUUAUUUCAAUUAAUGGUAUGUGGGACAGAUCGGAUCAAGCUUAAAGUAACAGGUCAAGGUCAUGUACUGUUUCCUUUUUGGCACUAGUCUGUAGAAUUCUAUUCCUUGCACCUCAGAGGGACUCAAUGCUUCAUUUCAAAUUAUAUUCUAUUGAUAACACGUUCAAUAUAUAUUUUGAUAUUCAUUUGUUUCUAAAUGUCUUAAUUCCCUAUUUAGUAAAAGCUGGGACUAUUUUCAUUUUAACUGCCAUAUUUUGAGACAGCUUGACCGUGAUCUGCAGUGUAAGAUGGCAUACGUCUUGUUAAAGAUGGUGGUUUUGCAAUUUAUCAUCAAGGGUAUCCAAUUCCUGGCGAUGCAUCUUUCAGUUGUUGCCUUGAACCACUAUGAAUCUCAGUUCUCCAGGACAGUCAUGGGAGCCCAGCUGUACAUUCUGUGUAGAAAUGGCAAGGGAAACUACACCAGUGUCCUGUGUCAGUGUCUGCUACCUUGUGUUGCUGUUAGUCUGCAGUGUGACAGUCCCAUUCAAUGAAAUCUUUCAGAGCAGUCUUGAUCCCUUUUAUUUUUUGGGCACAAUGUGCCGAAUUAUGACUGCUUUUUAACCGAUUAAUUUCUACAGAGGUUUAUAGAUAGUGUUUUGGAAACUAUUGAGAGGCUAAAGAGUUUACAGAGAGCAUAUUUUGGUAUAUUUUAUGCGAAUUCCUAUCCCCUCUGCACAGUUAUGUCCUUGUUUCCUGCAUGUGCAAGAGCUGUUCUCAUGGUUUUGUUGUGGCUGAACCAAGACAUUUGUGGCUUGUCUAUCCUUAUUUGCUUGACAAACAAAAAUGCAUGAAUUUGUAUAGUUUAAUAUACUGACAUCUAGAUGGCAAUAGUACAUGCUGCUGAACUAUGUAGGCAGGUAGGUAGGUAGGGCUGGUUUAGACAUUGUCACAUAGGGCAUAGUUGAAAAAUCAAAAGUGCUAGAACAAGGGCCAGCGUGGAUUUCCGUGUCAUGUCGACAGCUGGACCAAACCCACAUCAUGUGCUAGAUUUGCAACUACAAAAAAUAGUGACUCGUAUUUUUCAAAUUUUGUGACUUUUAAUGCAAAUAAAUUAGGAUGAAUGUUUUUAUACAUGACAAUAUUUCUAAGUCUUAUAUUGUAUAUUGGCGACCAAACAAAGUUGGUAAUGAAAUGCAGGCAGCUGAUGUAGGAUGGCUGUGCAGGUGCUGUGCAGGUGCUGUACAGGGGGAAUGUGUUCCCAGGGGAAUUCCUGUUUGGGGCAGCAUUUUGUGGUGAUCAAUGUAUGAUUUUUUAAGCUCAGGAACUUGUGAUUUGAAAUGUUAUCAUGAGUUAUCAUGUAGGAUUUUGACACACAAUCUUGAGUGAAGGACAAUUUUAGAACAAUGUUUAGACUUGAUACAUUUUAUUAGUGAUUUAAGAACCAGAGCAAUAUCUGUAUUUUAGUACUGAACAACAUCUGGAUAGAUAGCUAUGUCUCAUUGAAACGUGAACUGAGCUUCACACUCCCUCUAAUCUGAGUCUUUAGCCUACCAAUACUCCUUGCAUUUAGAUGUAUUUGUAUAUUUUGUGUCCAUUUCUUAAAAAUUCCAAUAAAUUAUGGAGCAGUGAAACUAAA